AAGGUGAAGAGAUUGAAAAGAUAAGGGAGUCGAUGUCUGAUAGCAGUCCGUAGAGUUCCAUCGUCGAUGAUCUCCUGUUGAUUGCUUGGGCAAUCACUUGAGAAUCUGUUCUGAGACAGAUGUGGGAGUAAUUGAGAGAAGCUGCGUGGAGUAGGGCAUCUCGGAUUGCGAUGGCUUCAGCCAUGCAUGGGGGAGGCGACAUGAUCUUGUGCUGAUGAAGAUCUAGCAAUCUCCAGGCCUGAUUGAUCAGAGAAGAUCCAGGCGAGACCAGCCGAGUUGGAGUCCGAUUUCCAAGCCGCAUCCGUGUUGCAGAAGAUUGUAGCUGUCGGAAUAAUCGGCGGUGGCGUCGGAGGUAACUGUUUGAGGGCAGCAGAGGGGAGAGAUGAUUGGGCUGAUUCCCAUUCUCUCAUGGUGCAGAUCGAUUGUACCACAACGUCAUGUGGAGUAGUGGAUCUGGAAUCAAAGAUGAGUUUGUUCCUCGUGGUCCAGAGAUGCCAAGAGAUCCAAGGGAAGACAUUACUCACGAUCCCAUAUGGAGGUAGGUUCUUCUGAAGGUACGAGCUUUGGAGUGCAGCGGCAAAAGUUGUAGUUUGGGGGAAAUAGUUGUGUGAAGAACAUGGGGCUAGUUCCCAAACUUGUCUCGCGAAGCUACACUGGAAGAACAGAUGCUCCUGCGUCUCCACGGCUCCACAUCGGGAGCAGAGGGUAUUGAGGAGGGUUCCAGAGAUUCUUCUUCCAGUCCCAGUUUAUAAGACGUGGGUUUGUAAGAGCUCGGGGCUUGGAGGUGAUCAAGGCGUUAUACUCCGACUUCGCUGAAUAUACUCUACUCCUAUUGAGUGGCCAGACGUAGGCAUCUUGAGAGGUCAAGAUACUCGGUCGGAGCGACAUGAUAUGCAAUGACGGGGACCUGGAAUCUCAGCUCUGCGUUUGGUUUGAUCCAGGAGUCCAGCCAGAGGCUUGUUGUCUCUCCAUUGCCUAUAGCUUUACCUAGGUGCUGUAUGAGGAGGUCUCGGCCAUGGAGGAUGCCUCUCCAACCGUGUGAGAUGGCUGAUGAAGUUGUGAUCUUCAGAAAGGAUGUCUUGUGACAGUAUUUGCCCAAGAUGAUUUGGGAAAAGAGGCAGGUGGGCGCAGUGAGUAGUCUCCAAGCUAUUUUCGCCAGAAGAGCUUGAUUAAAGGCUUGUAUGUCACGGAAGCCUAGCCCCCCUUCACUCUUAGGCAUCGUAAGCUUGUCCCAGGAGACCCAACAAAUUUUUCUCUCACCAGCCUUCGCGUCCCACCAGAAUCUGUGGAGAGGAAUUGUGUAGACCAUCCAAUGGAGCGUUAGUGCAUGUUCUCUAUAAUAGAUGAAAAUAAGUCUUUUUUUCUUCCUGUCAAAGUGUUCCGGAAGCCCCAGGUAUUUCCCAACUCCUCCCUCUUGUUUCUGCCAGCCCUUUAAAACAACUAUCUGUGGGCGUUAAAACUGCAUGUGGUUAUAUGAUAGUCUUUUAUUUAAACCUCCAACAGAACUUUUUUUUUUAGUUCUCCCUAUAUUAUUUAAAUCUCUCAUCUUCUUAUCUUAUUCCCACAAAAAGUCUUUGGUGGAGAAAACAAAUCCAUUAAAAUCUUCAUAUAGAUUUCUUUUAUUAUUUUAUCCAUUAGUACCAAAGUCCCUCUCUCUUUCUCGUUGUCUUCUUAGCAAUAGAAUUAUACUUUAAUUCCUCAAAACUUAAUUAGUCCGUAACUCAAAGCUAGAUGCAGUUUUAAUUUUAUUUUCCUUUUCGAAUAUAACCCCCUUUUUUACUUCCCCUCCAUUUGCAAGCUCAUAGACAACUCUCACUAUAGAGAAUUAAUCUUAUAAGAAAAGGAACACAAAACAAACCAAUGGGUGUGGUAACAGAGUCACAGUUCCAUGUUUUGGCGGUUGAUGAUAGUUUCUUUGAUCGGAAAAUGAUAGAGAGAUUGCUGCAAAAGUCUUCCUGUCAAGUAACUACAGUUGAUUCAGGCUCUAAAGCUCUCGAGUUUCUUGGUUUGAGAGAAAGCAAUCAGAGUGACGACCCAAAUGCUACCUCUACAUCACCUGAAGUUGAAAUAAAUCUUAUAAUUACAGAUUACUGUAUGCCUGGCAUGACUGGUUAUGAUUUGCUGAAGAGAGUUAAGGAAUCAGCUGCAUUUAGAAGCAUUCCCGUUGUAAUAAUGUCAUCUGAGAACAUUCCUGCUAGAAUCUCCAGAUGUCUGGAAGAAGGAGCUGAGGAGUUUUUCUUGAAACCAGUAAAGUUAGCUGAUCUCACCAAGUUGAAACUUCAUAUGAUGAAAACCAAGUUGAAGAAAGAAAGUGAAAAACCAGCAGAAGAAGUGAAACCGGAGAUAGAAGAAGAAGAAGAAUCGCCAGUGAUUGAAAUCUUGACUCUCCAUCAAGAACUUGAAUCCGAACAACAAGAACCAAUGUUGAUUAAUAAUAAGAGAAAAGCAAUGGAAGAAGUGAUAUCUACUGGUCGAUCACGUCCUAAAUACAAUGAUAUCACAACAUCAGUCUGACUGGGUGUGAUCUGAUAAGUUUUUUCUCAAAACUUUGCCCAAAUGGCUCAAGAGAGAUCUGAUGUGGACAGUGGGUUGGAUCCAAAAAAAAUGGUCCAAAAUAGAUGUGUUAUUAAUAUUACUUGAUUACCUUUAAUGAAACAUGCAAUGUUAGUGAAGAAAUGGCCGACUAAGGUAAAAAGUACAAUAGAAUCCUGAUUUAAUAGUAUAGAUUUAUUGAUCGAACACUGACGUGUCACCUAACACUCUUCUAGCUGGCCAGAAAGAGACGGGGUGAAAGGUAUGGCGAUGUAUUAUUGGUCUGAAGAUCCCCGCAUGUGUCACGUGUGGAAUAUACAUUCAUAUUUCUCUCCUCCCUUCACUCUUCAUCCAAACAGAUCGAACUCGCGAAACUAAAGGUAGAAAUGGCUAUGCCUUUGGAAAUGGCAAUGUAUCUGACGAAGACCGUGUGGUUUGCUCUGAGCGGUUGGAUUUUCACGUGUUUGUGUAUCGCUGACGAAAUUGCUGGUUCUCUUAGAAACCGAGAAUCGUCCCUCUCCAUGUCGGAUGAUUGACUCAAGAUUCAAGAUUCUUCAUGCUUUCCAUGAACUAUCACCAUUUCCUCCUCAGAGAUUUGUUUCUUUUUUUUUAAUGGCGAUGAGUCUAUAAACCCUAUAAUUGAAGGGUUUGUGUUUAUAAAGGAGGGAGAUAUAUAAGGUCAUUGUUUGCUCCAUGUAAAGUGGUGUUUGAUAUAUAUAUAUAUAUAUAAUACUUCUCAAUUUGUCUGUGUUCUGUUGAUUUGAGAGAAUUAUGUUGGUCUU